UUAACAAAAUGGCGGAAGAUACAAAUGUUUACAAUGAAAAUUUGUUGUUAAUAGUCUAAAUAGACCUACAUGGAAUAUAAUGUAAUAUAUCCAAUAACGAAUAGAUCUAGAUUCUAUAUCUCAUGUUUUAUCGACUCCAGUAACUACAAUAACUUGAAAUGGCAUCUGUCUUGACAAGAUCAAUGUCACUAGAAAGUAGCCCACAACUAGAACCAGAGUCUCCUUCCAAACGUCGUAGUUCAGCCCUAAAUAAUGCUAUGAGUUUUUUUCUACAAUUGGAUGCAAACACAGUUCUUAGAGGCAACGUCAAGUUUCAUCUCUCAGUUGAUCAAAUUGUCAAGCAUGCAAUGAACCAUGGAUUAACUCGAGAGCAAAUAACUACUCUGAUUAAAAUUAUUGUUCACCCUAAUACCAAGAUCUCCCAAGCCAUUAGGACCAAGUUAGUCAAAUGUCUUGUUCCAAGUAGUAAAGUUCCACAAUCUGCUGUUGUCAGAGUUAUCUCUUGGAUCAGUACUAGAGUCUUUAGUGACCCAGGACCUACCAAUCUACAUAGUGUGUUGCUCCGUUGGAUACUUCUGAUCUAUGAUUACAUUGAUGGUUAUGACCAGCUUCAUAAGCUCUAUGAUAUAAUCUUCUGUUUUAUUCAUUCAUAUCUUUUGCUACCCCAUGCGUGCCAUUUGUUGUUUUUAUUGACUAGAAAGCAUGAUGUAAAGUUGUUCAAAGUGCAACAGUUGCUACAGUUAACACGUAAAGUUGGCCCUGAAUCUUGUAUCAUUGGGCUAUUGACAAUUUAUAAAGUAUUCUGUCCACAUUUAGUUCCCAUGAAGUUGGAACAUUCUCACAAGGUUUAUUUUAAAGCUCAUGAUUCCACAUGGAGGUCCACUAUACAAGAAAUAGUUGCAGCUAAUCAAGCAGCAGGAGAUGAUAAUGGCCUUGACACAGAUAGAGCAGAAAUUAAAAUCCGUAAAGAAAAAGCUUUUAUCCAGGUGAAGUCCAAACGUCAAAAGCUGUUGGUACCUGAACCUCACUCAGCUUCAGAGGAGAUAUCUGAGGAAACUGAUCUGAACACCACCAGCCUACCUUCAGACUUUGAACAUAUUCAUUAUGCACAGCUGGACUCUUUUAGUGCCUACUUAGAAGCCUUAGAUAAAAUUGAGUAUCCAAGUCAGAUAGCUGCUGCCCUGAAAGACAAAAAGUUACAACUAUUGUUGUCCUGCCACCCAGACCAGAUUGUCAUCACACGCUUAUGUUUGUGGAUACAACAUGUGUUUGCUUUUGGUUUCAGAAAUACUGAUAAAGAUGAAUGUGAAAAGUAUGAACAGCUGUUACAAAUGUUGCUCAGUUUCUCACAGAAUGUUCAGAGUUUCUCUGUUGUUGAAGGAUUCCUAGAAUGUUCGCUUCCUCUUUGGGAUGGACAAAGAUUUACACCUUUAAUUUUUUCUCUCAUCACCUGUUUUAAGCCAUCAACGUAUAAUGAGCUUCACUAUUGUGUUUUGGAUCCAUUACAUAGAUUGUUCUUCUCUUGUGAUGUCUAUUUCAAGUCUAUGUGCAUUACUGCCCUGACAAAAUUGUUACAUAACCUAAGCAUCAUUAACUAUGGCAACAUGUCGAGUCAAGAAGAACAAACGCAACAAGAAGGUAACAAGUCAGCAAGAGAUGCUACGGGAGACACGGUCUUGAAUGAGACACAUCUUCCCUCUAGCACACUGGACAACACCCAAAGCAUCUUGCUCAAACUUAUUAGUUUUCUAGAUGCAGUGAUUGUAGCCGGCAUGAUGAUGGAAGAUGACCACUACCUGCUACAAAUGACCACUCUGGACUUCCUGGAACUGGUAUCAAGUUUGUUUCAGAAGUGUCACAUACCAUUAGUCUGUCUCCCACUUCGAGUCAUUCAUAGACUGCUAUUGUCUGAUUGUCCAGCUACUCUAGCUCGUCUCUGUGAAGUCAUCAAUUCUUUUCGGGAAGCAUUUACUGCUGUAAGAAGCAGCAGACGAGAUGCAGUGACCUGUGAUACAACGCUAGCCAAUCAGGUGUCUGUUCUCCAUCCAACUGGGUCAAAGAGUAAAGGAGUCGACAAAUUUAAUGGUCUACUUCUUGACAUCAUGGGCAUGCUGUGGCAAGGUCGUUUGUUUCAAGAGCGCUCAAACAAGCUCGAGUCGAUAUUUCACUUUAAGCCGCCAUCACACCUGGCAGAUAAAAUCAAAGACAACGCCUUGACCAUCUACAUGGGACCUGCUUUUCUUGGUCUGGCAUACAAGUUCUUGAAAGAGACUCAGAGAGAAGAUAAAAAAAUUCAUCCCUUGCAGAUAGAGCCCUUCAAAGACAGAUACUUGUUGUUCCUAGAGAGAGAAAACUUUCCUGAAUUCAAAAAGUUGGUCAGCACUAACAUCAAAAGUCGAAUAGACAAAACUGCCCACUUGUAACCAUAUAGAAAUGUGUACAGACUCAUAUACUCCUUUAAUGUGAUCAUACAACAUUUACUUGUAUGCAAUAGAAACUAUUUCUGUCACUUUCUGUCGGUAACAAAAUUUUACCAUAUAACAUUGACAUUGACCGAAUGACAUUGACUGUCCAUUAAAAAGGUAGAGUCCUUCAACUAUGUGAUGUUAUAAUGGUCCUGUGUUUCUACAUCUUGGAAAAAAUAGGAUCUGAUCCAAGUUUGAAUAGUUUUGCUGUUCUUGAAACAUGUUUCUUUCCUAUUCUACCAUGUUUAAAGAAUUUGUAUAAUAUAAGAACUCAUCCAUGGAAGAUUAAUUUUUUAUUUUUUAAUUUCAAAAUGUGUUCUUAUGUUUCUAUACAAAACGCCAUGUCUACACCAAAACUUGUUGAGUGUCACAAAAUGUCAUGUCUACACCAAAACUUGUUGAGUGCCACAAAAUGUCAUGUCUACACCAAAACUUGUUGAGUGCCACAAAAUGUCAUGUCUACACCAAAACUUGUUGAGUGCCACAAAAUGUCAUGUUUCUCUUGAGAAAUUGAUCUAUAUAUAAGUCUUGCUGUGUUAUAGCUGGUAUGGUCCAAAAAAUUGAUCAAGUAGCAUUAUAGGUUGUUGUUUUUUUUACCAAUGUAUUUGAUGCUAAAACUGUUUUAUGUUGCCUUAUCAAACCAUCAGGACACUAUAGUAUGACUGGAAUCAACUCUUAAGUAAAAGACACAAUUGUACCCUUGCUCCCCCCAUAUUUUGAUCCUGAUAUAACACCCAAGUUACUGGCGUAAAUAACAAAACAAAAACAAUAAUGAAUGUGUAAGAUCUAAAAGAAAAAAAAAAGGAUGGGGUCAGUCAAAAUUAUUAAUUAAACAUGACCAGGAGUGGACUGACCAUGACAACAUGGGGGUAAAAUGCCUAGUGGACUGACCCUAAAAUGGGUUGGUGGGGCAUUAAUGAGGCACUUGGAAUGGCAGUAAGGUCUAUAAUGUGCUGUAUUGAUUGGUCCUUACCAUUUAUAAAAUGAUCUUUUACAGACUUUACAUGGCAAUACCAGCCUAGCAAAUUUUCUGUAAUAAUGGAAUAUCCCAUACAAAUAAGCCAUGAUUCUGAGGAACAAAAUUUAAAAAAAAAUUCUGUUUCACCUUGACCCUUAUCAAUACACUCUUCUACCCAAUUGCUUGGUUAGUUUAAUAUUCUGCACAUUUGGGAGUUUGUAAAGGAAAAGAACUUUGAACAAGAGUUUUCUUACUUGAACCAAACCUUUUUUUUCUUGCCCUUAAAUUUCCAAACCAAGCUUCCAAACAUUAAAAAAAAGGUGGAUUGCACUGCUACUUGAAGGGUUCAUUCUAGGUUUAAGUCUGCCUUGAAUGCUUGAGUUUUUGUUGACAGUCUGCAGCUACUUUAUGUGUAAAUGGAAGCAGAAGUUACUAGUCAAGCUGCUGGUCAAUUAACACUCAGAUCACUGGUUAGAGACUUGGUGGCUUAGUGGGUAAAGUGCUUGGCAUCCAAACAGAUGUGUCUUGAUUUCAACCCUGGAGAAGAAUUUUAGGACGCCCCUGAGUCCCCCAAAUAUUAGUUGUGGAAAAGUAAAGGUGGUUAGUCGUUGUGCUGGCCACAUGACACCCACAUUAAUAGUCAGCCAUAAAAACAGAUGAGCUUUACAUCAUCUUCCUCCAUGGAUCAAAAUGUCUGAAAGGGAAAGUCACUAUUUACACAAAUGUGUGUACUGGAAAAUGUAAAUUGGCCAGGCUUUGUAGCCAAGGCUUUAUUGAAAAGUGCUGUACAAAACUGUAUGAUAUAUGUGUAGCCCAUUCUUGAAAUGUGGGCUGAUUUAAAGUAGGGAUGAGUUCUGUUUUUUUAAAUGUACAGUUUAUAAAUAUAUAUAGGCCCUACCCUUUGCAAUGUCACAUGACUAUUACAUUGUUUUAUUGUGUACUUUUACAUUCUAAAUAUUGAUGUACACUUGAUGAUUGUUACAGAAGCUGUACAGCCAGACAAAAUAAAAUUGUCAUUAAAUGACA